AAUGAUGGGCUUGGUUGGCUUCUGACAUGCCCAGGACUUAAAUAUGGCCAUAAUCUCUCACAUCUCAAGAAUGAUUCUUGAGCGAUGGGGAAACAAGCAUACUUGCAACAUACUUAAUAACUUAAAAAUGACGUUUUUACAAUGGAUCGAGCAGCAACACGGUCGUUCCCACGCCGGCCUGUCCAGUGGAAUCGUCCAAUGACAAGACGGAAGCCCGAAAUAUCUCGCAUUGACUUACACACCAAAUACCAAAGACGCUUCGAAGAUGAAGGAACAAACCCUAGUCUUCUCUCCACCUUCCUCAGCAUCCCUGAAUUUUCACCUCGGCUGGAUUAUGAACUCCCUGUCUUCAAGAACAUACUCGAUGAAACGAUCUUGAAAAGAAUUUGCGAAGGAAACUUCGAAACGCCGAGUAACUUAGCAGCAUGGCUCCAUGAUCGAGAUCUGUCAAACAGACCAAGAGGUUACAAUGGAUCACUCUCACUCCUGGAUUUCGAUCUCCACCUCAGUUUGAAGAGACUCGGCGAGAAAGGUCUUCCGGACGCUGAUACCCGCAAAAUCUGUAUCAAUAAUCCCUGUCAAUGGACACUUGGGGUUCUGGCCGUUAGAGCUCCUGAACAUCAAGCCCCGGUCAUCAGAGACUUCAUAUUCAAGCAUCUCACAGCUAGAACCUCUGUUAGUCUUGACACCGUGGUUGAUGGUGGCUUCACUCUGGAGUUCCACUUGGCCUACCCGGUGUGGACAAGAGACCCAUCUCCACGAAGAGAUCAGCGGGUUACUGGAGACGGACUUCCUCUACGCAAGUCCACCGACUUAUCGUUUCUACCAGGCGCUCAAAGGUCAGACCAGAUCACACAUGGCUUCGACUAUCUACACGAGGCUCAAACAUCAAUCUGUGUUACUGGACGGGAUACAUCUCAGUGGACAGCCAUCCGCCUGACGGAUUCUUAUUUCGAAGAUGAUAGCGACCCGAACAAGGAAUACUUGCUACCUUUCUAUGUCGCCGAUCCCUAUCCUGACCAAGAUAUGACUAGUUGCGAGCUAGAUGCAAUCAGCAUUGCAAAUUUGACAGCUGACAAUGUUUCGGUUACGGAUCCGCGUGAAUACUUUCUUUUGGUAGUAAAGUUCCACGUAGCAAGAAUCACUGAGCAUUGGACAAACGUACUGUUUAAGCUGAAGGACAUGAUUGAAGAAUAUUCCACAUAUACCUUUGGUUCGGAGAGAGUCCUCACUUGGCACCAUGCGCGGUGAAUCAUAUGCCAUCGAAGCAAGUGAGGUGUGGCUCGGACAAACCAGUGACCUUGUGAUCCAAUGGAUUCUCCUUCUCACUAAGACAAUCAAAGCCUGGGAUAAGUUUUUCGAUCGGGACAUCAGCCGUAUUGUGUGUCA